AUAUUCAUUGGCUGGUCGACUGAAAUUCAAUACGCCGUGUUAUGAAUAGGUCGCACUCGAACCAGGUAGAAAAACAAGCAAAUACAGAAAUACAUGACUGGAUUGAGAAAUGCAUGUAUAAUCUUGUAACAGAUUGUCGGCAAAUCUCUGGAACAUUACAAGAUUUUAAGCCAGUAUUUUCUGCAAUUAACCAAGCAGCCCUGUAGCUCAUAGAGAUACUUGUAACAUAGCGGUACAGCUCGACGACUACCUUCAAAAUAAAAGUGAAGAUUUAUAGUCGGUAAUCAUGUCGGACCAACUGUCAUCUUCAAGGGUCUUCGUUUUCGUCAUGGCGCUUUUUUUCAUCAACUUCAUAGAGAUGGGUGUACUGAAGAGCUUUAGCGUCCUCGUUGAUGACCUCGUCAUCCAACUCAAUACCAAUCUUGGUACAAUCGGACUCAUCGUCGGCAUCUACCACAGCUUUACAUACGCCCUAGCACCAUUUAUCGCACCGUUUGUGAAUGACAUGAGCGUGACUCUUAUCUCUGUCGUCUGUGCAGUGGGUUCCAUUUCACUCAGCCUAGCUUACUUAGCUUCUGACAUCAUCCAGUUUGGUUCUGUGUGUCUACUCUCGGGAGUUUGUUACUCAGUCGUCCGUCUAGCAGGAGUAAUCCUCUUCUACAAAAAUGUCCGGGAAAACUUCUCCAUUACCUUUGGCAUCGCAGACACCGGCAACGCCAUCGGGAUGAUGGUUGUACCCCUUCUGACCGAGUUCCUUUUGGAGACCUACGGUUGGAAUGGUACCAUCCUUCUUCUGGGCGGACUCCUCCUCCAGAACUCCAUCUUCCUAUUGCUUAUGAAAGGCCGUCCCAGAGAAUCGGAAGAUGACGACUCUGAUGUCCGAGAGACAUCGCCAAGCUCCGUUGAUUCCGAAGUGGAUGACGAUGUCUUUGAUGAAGACGAUGACCUGCUACAACGUAGACGCGACGACGGAGGAUCUCGUUCCGCCACGUCCUCAGCGUCCGUAUGGAGAUGCUGCCACUGUGUCUACACGUACUUUGGCCUCUCGUUGUUCUUCGAGUACCGCCACACUGCCGGGGUCAUGUUCUACAUGGUGCUUUCUGGUAUCAUUAACACAUCCUGGCUCGUCUUCCUCAUUCCUCAUGGUGUAUCCAGAGGCUUCCGUCUAUCCAAGGCUGUCUUCCUGGCAACCUGCGGAGGAUUCGGCAAUGUUUUGGGUCGCGUCGCCCAGGGACCCAUCGUCGACCGGGAGUGGAUGACAUCCCUCGAUCUCACCAUCAUCUUUACGGUCAUCAAUGCAGUGGUCUUUCUCUUGGAUCCCUUGAUCAUUGACUUCGUUUUGCUGUGCAUCGCAGCGUUUGUGGGAGGACUGGCCAUCGGCUCAAGAACAACGCUUACAGUGGUGAUCGCUAAGGAAUACUUCCCAUCAGACUCGUUCUCAUUGGUUUAUGGAUUACAGUGCCUGUUCUACAGUGUAGGUGAACCACUUGGAGGUAUUAUGGCAGGAUGGUUGGCUAGUAGAGUAAGCUUCAGCGUGUCUUUCAUGGUGUUGGGAGGAGUGGAAGUCUUAACUUGCUUGAUCUUGAUACCAACACGAUAUUUAGUCACUAGAAAUACAACGACUUAGUCCUGCAUUUCACCCUGAUUAAUGCCAGAAAGAGCUGGAUUGAACGUCCAUGAAGCUGCACCCCCACUCUUCAGGCCAUCAAAGUACCCAAACCAAAAGUGAACUGUGAUGAGGCGUCUGAUGCAUGUAUGUUUAUCAUACCUAUCACUUAUAUAUCAAGUCAACCUUCCAGGCAUUAAGAGUAUGCUCAUGAUACCAUUU